GUUGCCGCUCCUCAAACAAAUCAUUUUUGUUGGCCAAACCAUGGCUCGAACGAAAAUAACACGGCGCACAUACAAAUUGAAACAGCAGCAAACAGAAAAUACCCCGAGAACAGCAGAGAGCUCGCUGGCAGAGGAGCCACCGCAAGAGUCGUCAACCAGUGAACCACAAUAUUGCCCCCUGAUCCAGGCUAAAACACCAGAGGUGCCACCAGCACUGGCUGCCCCAACUGAAAUAUUGCCAACAACAGAAGUGCUGGAACCGGAGAAGGAAAUUCUUUCCAAAUUUAAUACAUCAACUAUCGAGUGCCAGGAAGAUGCUUCUACUAUAAAAGUGCAAGAGAGUGUCGCAGUUGUUGAAGCAUCCUCUGCAAUAACUACCAAACCACAAGAAAAUUCCUUGGACAAGAAUGACGACAGCUUAGAAUUGGUAAGUGUUAAAUUAGCCGAGUUUUACCAAUCUGUACUCAACGAACUACGAGUAGAAUAA